UAAAAUACCCUAAAGUCGAGUAAAUCACAGUCCCUUAUGAAAGCUCAUUGCUGAUUCACCCUUCCACUUCAGCCCAGCCCUGGAAGUUUCCCUGUACCAGGCAAAACCUUCAUGAGAGGAAAGCAAAGAUGAAAGUCUGUGCUCCUUUCACUGUUGUCUUGGCUCUGACUCUGAGCAGUGACUGUGCAAAGACGCGCCACAAAUCUCGGGCAGGAAAAGGCUCAAAACAUGAGUUCACUCGCCCACAAGUGUUUACAGAGGAUGGAGAUUUAUGCAAAUUUCCUUUCCGGUUUGGUGGAAGGUUUUAUCACUCAUGUAUUUCAAAUACAUUUUCCAGAAAGAAAUGGUGUUCAACAACACCUAACUUUGACCGGGACAGGAGGUGGGGACACUGUGCUUUGUCGUACAAAGACCACUCAGAUCACUGUGCAAGCAACCCUUGCCAAAAUGGAGGUACCUGUUCUCUCACCCACAGCCAUAGGAUGUACCACUGUACCUGUCCUGAGGAAUUCACAGGCGAGGAUUGUCAGCUGAAGAAAUGUUUUGACGACAAUCUCUAUGAGUUCUUUGAUGUGGGCGUGAGCUGGUCAAGAGUCCAACACGGAACUGUGGAGCAGUGCAUGUGUGUGAAUGGCCAGAUCGAGUGCGAGCGUGUUGAACACAAAGGCUGUGUUCAUGAUCCUUGCAUGAAUGGUGGAGAGUGUAAAAUGGUUACCUUCAGUGGGAAAAUAGUAUGCGAUUGCAAAGAAAAUUAUGGGGGAAAGUAUUGCAAUAUUGUUCCGAGCCAUCGGUGCUACGUUGGCAAUGGAACGGAGUACAGAGGUACGGCCAAGACAACCAUUUCUGGGCACAGCUGCUUACCUUGGAAUUCAGACCUGCUUUACCAAGAGCUUCACGUUGACAGCACUGGGAAAGCAGUACAGCUUGGCCUGGGGCCGUUCCCUUACUGCAGAAAUCCAGAUCAUGAUGAGAAGCCAUGGUGUUACAUCAUGAAGAACAACAGUUUGUCUUGGGAGUAUUGUGACAUUCCAACUUGUGCAAGCAGGGAAAGGAGGCCACCAGUUCCAGACAAUGUAGGUACUUACACAGUUACCAGAAGACCAUGUGGGAGAAGACAUAAAAAAAGAAGUUUUGUGAGACCUAGGAUUGUUGGGGGAUCUUCAUCUCUGCCUGGAUCUCAUCCCUGGACAGCAGCUAUAUAUAUUGGAGGGAGUUUCUGCGGUGGAAGCCUGGUUCAGACUUGUUGGGUUGUGUCAGCAGCACACUGCUUUGCUAACAGCCCCCUAAAAUCCACUAUUACAGUAGUUCUGGGUCAGCAAAUAUUUAAUAAAACAACUGAUGUAACACAGACAUUUGAAAUAGAGAAAUAUAUCUUGCAUCCUGAGUAUUCCGUGUUCAACCCUACUGAACAUGAUAUUGCUUUGAUUAAGCUGAAGAAGAAUGGCACCCGUUGUGCUGUCAAAUCCCAGUUUGUUCAGCCCAUCUGCUUACCGGAAAGUAACACUGUUUUCCCUGACCAGUUGAAAUGUCAGAUUUCUGGAUGGGGACACAAGCAUGAGAAUAUAACUGGUUAUUCAGAUGUCCUGCAAGAAUCACUGGUUCCACUUAUUCCUGAGGAGAAGUGCAGAAGUCCUGAAAUUUAUGGAACAGAACUCACUGAAAAUAUGUUCUGUGCUGGCUACUUUGAUAGUAAAUCUGAUGCUUGUCAGGGAGAUUCUGGUGGACCUCUGGCCUGUGAGGAAAAUGAAAUCUCUUACCUCUAUGGAAUUAUCAGCUGGGGAGAUGGCUGUGGCAGAGUCAACAAACCUGGAGUAUAUACACGAGUGACAAACUAUGUAAACUGGAUUAAUGAGAAAAUAGCCCCCCGAAAAACUAGUUGAACAGUUAAAUACGCUAGCAUUUGAAGCAGGGUUCAGGAAUCUUCUGGUUUCAUUAAAGUGGCAUAAGUAUUUUAUUAUAAACUGGUAUAAAAACUGUCAUGGUAAUUCAUAGCAAUUCCAAGCCAUAUCACCAAAAGUAGGCCUGAUCAAUCUGAUGUCAGCAGCCUUGAUCUAGAAUUCUGGGGCUGUGGAUUGCUCAGCGUACAUGAAUGUCUUUAUUUGUCUUAAUAAAAAAAAAAACACAAACAUGUUGAGACAGUGCACAAAAAUCUACGACUCUCUGUCUGCCUGGUGGAUUACAUAAAAAGUGAUUUGAUGUGUUUAUGCAGUUUCUGGCCAUCCCCCAAACCAACCCAUAACAACAUUGUACUUGUAUUCUCAGAUGAGAUAGAGAAAUAGACAGGAGGAGCACCAAAAAUGAAAUUCCCUCUCCCUCAGAAGUCAUCUCUUGAAGUUCAGAUCAAGAGACACCAAUAGAAUAUCGUAGGUAAAGCUGCUCCUCAGCUAACUGCAACAAACCAGUUCUGGGGAAAAAACCCGGAGGGUUUAGUUUUUGUUUCAACCAACCAUGUAAGCAUAUUUUUGUAUUAACGUAUUACUAUGUUCCACUGACGUAAAAUCGAGAAUGUGCCUCAGAGCUCUGCUGAAUCUGAUGUGCAAUUUUUCAGCUCCCCUCCUGGGAGCUCAGCGUUUCUUGCUGAAAAGUGUUGGAAUUUGGAGCACCUGAUUUAGGCCAAUAGAGCCAGGACCUUUUUCAGACUGUGAUCUGCUCCUUGCCCUGAAGAUAGCAAUGGAAAUACUUUACCUUGAUGAUAAAUCCCUAAGCGUUUCUUAAAUUUGACAGUGAAAGUGUCUUAGAUUUUGUACUAACAAGUCGUUCAGCUGUUUAGAUAAUUCAGAAAGGAGGUUUUUCUUAAUAGAUUUUUCAACUGGAUGGCUGGGGGAGCAGCUCGAUAUUUUCCUUGGGGAUUUGGUGGUAUCAUAAACCACAGGCCUUGCUGUCAUGGUCUGUGGAAUUGUUAUGGGAACAAUCAAAGAAAUUAUUAAAAUAUAUACCUGUUUAGAGGCCAUGGACUCAGCUGUGUUAGCAAAAAAAGAAAAUUAUUCAAUGACAACAACAACAAACAACAAAGAAAAUUACAGCUGCCUUUUUUUUUUUUUUUUUUUUUUUAAUACAUGCAACCUUUAGCCAUGUCAGCUCUGUACAUUUGAAGUGUUGAUGUGAAAUGUAUUUUUCCCCUGGUAGUGAACACUUAUGAACUCUGUCAAGUGUUUCAAGCAAAGUUGUGCUUUAAGAUACAGAAUUUUAAAGUGGUGCCUAGAUACUCAGAUACGUGUUUUGUUUUAUAGUUCUGGUACUGUCCUCAUGGGUUUCUUAGUAGUGGUGAAUGAUAUCUGCAGUUAAAAGAAACUUUGUAAGGAAAAAUAACCAAACCCUGAAUUUGUGUAAGUACAAAUAUAUAACAAUGCUAAUCUAGUAGAAUGAUGUAAACUGUUUAAUAAAAACAUUUACCCUCUGUUUCUGGGA